ACGGAAAACUUCAGCGGGCAUUAAAAGUUGUUCGGCCCCACAAAUAGGGAAAAUGUCAGAAAGAAGUAGGCCAAAAGCUUAUUCCCACUCAAGGUAUGGUCAAACUCAAAGUCAUUCCUUUUCACUUCUAAAACCCUAAAUAAUCAUUUAUAAAAUUAUUUCAAUUAAAAAUCUCAUUUAAAAUUAAUCUUGCUCACCUUGUUUUGAGAGAUACCGCUGGAUAUCCUGUCUUCCAAUACUAGAAGUUACUUCACCAUUAACAAACAGAAUUCAACUCACAGCAUGGCGGAGAUGGAAUCAGCUAGCAAUCCCAGCAUCGCCAGGAAAAGUGCUCUUCUCAUCCUAAACAGUAUCCUCUUAUCUAUUGGCAACUGCGGCGGCCCACUAGUUAUGCGUCUUUACUUCAUCCAUGGAGGCAAACGAAUUUGGUUCUCAAGCUGGCUUGAAACCGGCGGUUGGCCGGUUAUUAUCCUCCCCAUCACCAUAGGUUACUUCUAUCGUCGCCGCAACCCGUCAUCACCCACCAACUUCUUCUUCAUGAAAACUCCAAUAUUCAUUGCCUCAGCGGUCAUCGGGGUACUCACUGGCUUCGACGACUAUCUCUACGCUUACGGCGUGGCUCGGCUUCCUGUUUCUACCAUUACUUUGAUUAUAGCUUCCCAUUUGGCUUUCACUGCGGCUUUUGCUUAUCUUUUGGUCAAACAAAAGUUCACCUCUUAUUCAAUAAACGCUAUAUUUCUGUUGACUAUAGGAGCUGGUAUAUUGGCUCUACAUACGAGCAGUGAUCGGCCAGCUGGUGAAUCAAAUAGGGAGUAUGUAUUAGGGUUUGUUAUGACAAUCGCCGCGGCGGCUUUGUACGGAUUUGUAUUGCCGCUUGUGGAGUUGACGUACAAGAAGGCGAAACGAGAGAUAAGCUAUGCUCUGGUAUUGGAGAUACAGAUGGUGAUGUGUUUAUUUGCUACAGCCGUAUGUACAGUGGGGAUGCUGAUCAAUAAUGACUUCAAGGUCAUUGGCAGAGAAGCCAGAGAGUUCGAGCUGGGUGAAACAAGGUAUUAUAUGCUGGUAGUGGGAAGUGCAUUAAUCUGGCAAUGCUUUUUCUUAGGAGCCAUUGGUGUGAUUUUUUGUGGGUCGUCUCUCUUAUGUGCUACAAUCAUCGCCGUUCUACUUCCGGUAACAGAAAUUCUGGCAGUCAUUUUCUACCAAGAAAAGUUUCAAGCAGAAAAGGGUAUUUCUCUUGCACUAUCCCUCUGGGGCUUUGCUUCAUACUUUUAUGGGGAAAUAAAACACACCAGAACAGAAAAGCAGACGCCUCAAAGAGAGAUGCUUCCACUUUCUAACACUUGAUAUGAACAUGCACCCAUUACUGCAAGUUGUACUAUCUCUUUGGUAUGCCAAUAUUAUUUACUUUA